AUGGCUACUGCUACAGAUGCUCUAUCCGUCCAACACUUGAUCAGUCCAGCCUCACUGCCCGCCAAUGACAAAGGUUUGUCCGUGGUUUCCUACAAUGUCUUGCUUCCCAACAGCAGCGAUGGUUGGUGGAACUACAAAAUGUACAAUCCGCCGUUGGAACAACAAGAUUUGUCGAAUUGGGACUAUCGUCGUCAGUUGCUGCAAGAACGAUUGCGGACCAUCAAUGCCGAUGUGAUUUGUUUGCAAGAAAUUGCUCCCGACAGUUUUGAAGAGGACUUUGCCUUUAUGAAGGAGGAACUAGGCUACGAUGGCGUGGAAUUGUACAAGAAAAAAGGACGCUUUCGACCCGCCACCUUUUGGAAGACGAGUCAUUGUCAAUUGGCCGGUCCAGCUGUGCACAAGGAUCGAGCCAUUAUCACGGCAUUUACAACAGUCAAUGGCGAUGACAAAUCCUGUUGGUACGUUGUCAAUUGUCAUCUCCAAGCGGGAAAACAAGGACCGCGACGACUCCGGCAAAUGAAUGAAGCCGUCAGAGGCGCCAUGACGUUGAGUCGCAAACUCAAACAACCCACACCCGAACAAUCCAUUCGUCUCAUUGUUUGUGGCGAUAUGAAUGGAGGACCCGAAUGUGGUGCCGUACGGUUCCUCGAAGAUGGAUUCAUUGAUGAAACCUUUCGAGAAGACAAUGAACCCGUAUCCUCGGGGCGCAAAGAGUUGCCGUUAGCGGAACCCAUGAAGGAUGCCACGGCUGCCGUUGUCACACGGCAUCCUCCUCCCACCAUGGUUGUGGCCGAGCUCAUGCAAUCCCUGAUGGAAGAAGCCACGUACGAUACGCCCACUUUUUCCCAGGACAUGAAGGAUCGCUUGGCACGCAUCUACAAACGGUUGGCGUCGUCCGACAAAAACACCUUGACACGACAAGAUGUCGAGCAGUGGUUGGUCCAAAUCAAUGGCCGACUUGGACGAGGAGAUGAAUACAGGAAUGCCGCACUGGAAAUGGGAUGGACCGAUCCGGAGGCUACUGCUGCUGGUGAAGUAGUGCCGUGGGAAGAACAAAAGAAACGGAUAAAGCUCCCCUCGGAGGACACGGCCACGCUGUCCUUGGAAGGAUUCAUCAAUGUUUACCAAAAGGAACUCAAGGGAGGCAAAUUUUGGGGUAUUGCACAUGACAUGGCCGUGCUGGGCGAUCCCUUGCCCGAUUGUGGACUCUUUACAGCACGCUACGAUCGCAUCUAUUGCAGUGCCGCAUUGCAACCCACGGCCGUCUUGGACACGUUGGCCGACAAACCGUGUCCCAAUGAACAAGAACCGUCCGAUCAUUUGCCAGUGGCUGUUGCGUUUCAAGCAGUAUAG